GCAGCAGGGCACAGGAAUGAAAAUGAUUCCUGAGCAUGUUGGGAAUCCUACUCUUGUCCUCCUUUGGAAAUAGCAGGGAUAUGCGGAGCACAAGUAGCAUGCCAGUGUAGCCUGGUUGCUGCCGCCGGCAGGGAGCAGGAUCACAGCCCAGCUCUGCUCCCGGGACGCGGGCAGCGCCGGCUGGAGCUGCGAGCCGGGCGGAGCAGCCGGGAGACGGGCCCUCGGUGGGGCAGGUCUUCUUAAGAUGAAAGGAUGAAAAUUUGCAACUGGAAAGUCGCUGUCACUGUCCUAAGCUUCAUCCUAACUUCUGGAGUCCCAGCUGAUGCCUUUGGGAGCCUGCAGCAGUGUCCACUGUCCCCUCCCAUGAUUUAGACAGCAGCUUGGAGCAUGUGUCACUAGCGGGAUGGUCGCCCACCGAAGCUGCAAUGUCGUCCCUGACGACUUCCAGUGAGGGAGAGAACUCCACUCCCAGGUUUGUUGUCGGUUCCAGGGAUGAUGAGACAGACAUUCUGGAAUCAAACAUGAAGACAGAUGAAACCGAUUUCUUUGAAGAUGACGAAGAGGAGGAGUCGCCACCUGAACGGCAGAUUGUGGUUGGAAUUUGUGCCAUGACUAAAAAGUCCAAGUCAAAGCCCAUGACACAGAUUCUGGAGCGUCUGUGCAAGUUUGAGUACAUCACAGUGGUGAUUAUGGGGGAAGAUGUUAUUCUGAAUGAACCAGUGGAGAACUGGCCCUCCUGUGACUGCCUGAUAUCCUUCCACUCCAAAGGAUUCCCCCUGGAUAAAGCAGUUGCUUAUGCCAAGCUGUGCAAGCCCUUUCUGAUUAACGACCUUGAUAUGCAGUAUUACAUCCAGGACAGGCGUGAGGUGUAUCGGAUCCUUCAAGAAGAGGGAAUAGACUUGCCUCGUUAUGCUGUGCUCAAUCGAGACCCUGAUAGACCAGAAGAGUGCAACUUGGUGGAAGGAGAGGACCACGUGGAGGUGAAUGGAGCUGUCUUCCCAAAGCCAUUUGUAGAGAAGCCAGUCAGUGCUGAGGACCACAAUGUGUAUAUCUACUACCCCACGUCUGCGGGUGGGGGCAGCCAGCGGCUCUUCAGGAAGAUCGGCAGCCGCAGCAGCGUGUACUCCCCAGAGAGCAGUGUGAGGAAGACAGGCUCCUACAUUUAUGAGGAGUUCAUGCCUACAGAUGGCACGGAUGUGAAGGUGUACACCGUGGGGCCAGACUAUGCCCACGCGGAGGCUCGCAAGUCCCCGGCGCUGGACGGGAAGGUGGAACGGGACAGCGAGGGGAAGGAGAUCCGCUACCCCGUCAUGCUGACUGCCAUGGAGAAGCUGGUUGCCCGGAAAGUCUGUGUAGCCUUUAAGCAAACCGUGUGUGGGUUCGACCUCCUGCGGGCCAACGGACACUCCUUUGUCUGCGACGUGAAUGGCUUCAGCUUCGUGAAGAACUCCAUGAAAUACUACGAUGACUGUGCCAAAAUCCUCGGAAAUAUAAUCAUGCGGGAAUUGGCUCCCCAGUUCCAUAUUCCCUGGUCCAUCCCAACUGAGGCAGAAGAUAUUCCCAUUGUCCCCACAACUUCAGGCACCAUGAUGGAGCUUCGCUGUGUGAUUGCAGUCAUCCGGCACGGAGACCGCACCCCGAAGCAGAAGAUGAAGAUGGAAGUCAAGCAUCCCCGAUUCUUUGAAUUAUUUGAGAAAUAUGAUGGCUACAAGACAGGGAAGUUGAAGCUGAAGAAACCAGAGCAGCUACAGGAAGUGCUGGACAUUGCACGGGAGCUUGUGGUGGAACUGGGAACCCACAGCGACUGUGAGAUUGAGGAGAGGAAAUCCAAACUGGAACAGCUGAAGAGUGUCUUGGAGAUGUAUGGACAUUUUUCUGGCAUUAAUCGUAAGGUGCAGUUGACCUAUCUGCCUCAUGGACAUCCAAAAGCUGCAAGUGAAGAUGAAGAAGCUCGUCGAGAAUCUUCCCCAUCCCUUCUGCUGGUGCUGAAGUGGGGUGGGGAGCUGACCCCAGCGGGGAGAGUCCAAGCAGAGGAGCUGGGCCGAGCUUUCCGCUGCAUGUACCCUGGAGGCCAAGGUGAUUAUGCUGGUUUCCCUGGCUGUGGUUUGCUCAGGCUGCACAGCACCUACCGUCAUGACCUCAGGAUCUACGCCUCAGAUGAGGGACGAGUGCAGAUGACAGCAGCAGCUUUUGCAAAGGGUCUGCUGGCCCUGGAAGGAGAACUGACCCCCAUUCUGGUGCAGAUGGUGAAAAGUGCCAAUAUGAAUGGUCUUCUGGACAGUGACAGUGAUUCCCUGAGCAGCUGCCAGCAGAGGGUGAAGGCCAGACUGCAUGAGAUCAUGCAGAAGGAUGCCCAGUUCUGCCAAGAGGAUUACGAGAAGCUAGCACCUACAGGCAGUGCCUCUCUGCUCAACUCCAUGACAUUUAUCCAGAACCCAGUGGAGGUCUGUAACCAGGUGUUCACCCUGAUUGAGAAUCUCACCUCCCAGAUACAAAAGCGUCUGGAAGACCCAAAAUCUGCAGACCUGCAGCUGUACCACAGCGAGACUCUGGAGCUGAUGCUGCAGCGCUGGAGCAAACUGGAGCGGGAUUUCCGCAUGAAGAGCGGGCGCUACGACAUCAGCAAGAUCCCUGACAUCUAUGACUGCAUCAAGUAUGAUGUACAGCACAACUGUGCCCUGAAGCUGGAAGGCACAGCUGAGCUCUUCAAACUCUCCAAAGCCCUGGCAGAUGUGAUCAUACCCCAGGAAUAUGGGAUCAAUAAAGAGGAGAAACUGGAGAUUGCUAUUGGCUUCUGUCUUCCUCUCAUUAAAAAGAUCCAGCUGGACCUACAGAGAACCCAUGAAGACGAGUCUGUCAACAAACUACAUCCCUUGUACUCCAGAGGAGUUCUGUCUCCAGGUCGCCACGUUCGGACGCGGCUCUACUUCACCAGCGAGAGCCACGUGCACUCCCUGCUCAGCAUCUUCCGCUACGGGGGCCUCCUGGAUGAGAACAAAGAUCAGCAGUGGAAGAGAGCCAUGGACUAUUUGAGUGCUAUCUCAGAGCUGAACUACAUGACCCAGAUUGUUAUCAUGCUCUACGAGGACAACAACAAGGACCCAUCUUCAGAAGAGCGUUUCCACGUGGAGCUGCAUUUCAGCCCUGGUGUGAAGGGCUGCGAGGAGGACCGGAACGUGCCCACGGGCUUUGGCUUCCGUCCUGCCUCGGCAGAGAAUGAGGACAAGAAAGCAGACCAAGGCAGCCUGGAGGACCUCUCCAAAGCGAAGGGCAUGGAUGAGCCAGACCGUGUGCAGCCCAGGUCUCCGCAGCCUUCCGAGCCCGUCAGCAUCCAGCGGAGAUCCCCACUCAUCAGGAACCGGAAAACGGGGUCCAUGGAGGUGCUCUCUGAAUCUUCUUCCAAAUCAGGAGGUUAUCGCCUCUUCAGCACUUAUUCCAGGCAGUCUUCUGAGAUGAAGCAGAGUGGCUUAGGGUCACAAUGCACCGGCCUGUUUAGCACCACUGUGCUGGGAGGCUCCUCCAGUGCCCCCAACCUCCAGGACUACGCUCGCAGCCAUGGCAAAAAGUUUGCCAGCAGCCUGACGCACAAAGACGAGCUCUUGUCUAUGCCAGCCGUAAAACGAUUUUCUGUGUCGUUUGCAAAGCAUCCGACUAAUGAUGUGUUUGAGCACCACCACGUUGCCCAGUUGCUGCGCCGUUUUUCCUGUGACCGCGCCACCAGCCGGAACAUCUCCCUGGAUGCCACCCUAGCCCAUCACCUCCAGCACUGCUCCUACCACCUGCGCCUCUUCAGGAGCUGGCUGAUCUCAGGGCAGGAUGACUUGGAGUGUCUUUACGGUUUUGAAGGCUGCUCCAUGGUUCCCACUAUUUAUCCUCUGGAGACCCUGCACAACUCCCUCUCUUUGCGACAGGUCAACGAGUUCCUGACGUCUGUGUGCAGGAGCUGCAGCGACCCCCAUGUCCCGUCCACUGCAGAUUUGUUUGAUUCGAUGAUUGGCAGCCAGAUGCCAGGAGACCCCUUCAUGUCCCAGCGAAUCCUGUCCUCCUCCUCUUUGCCGUUGCGCCAGCGUUCGGAUAAGCCCCCGUGGUACAGCAGUGGCCCCUCCAGUACGGUCUCCAGUGCAGGCCCGUCCUCCCCCACCUCUGUGGACAAUUGUGCUCAUUUCAGCUUCACUGAGAAACUUUCCACCAGUCCCCCAAAAAGUGAGGAGCAGCUGACCAGCCAGUUCCCUGAGCAAGGAGAGAAGCAGCCUCCAGGCAGGGGGCUCAACAUGGAGGUGGGGGUGUCUGGGUUGUCGGUGGUGGAGCCAAGUGCCCUGGAGUCCCUGCCUUGGAAUAUGGACCCCGAGCCAGGCAGAGUCCUGGAGCUGUGCAAGAAGGAGCUGGCAGAGGAGGGCUCUAACCCAGGGGAGAAGAGCAUGGUGGAGCUGGAUGAAGAAGGAUCGGCUGGGGCCAUGUUAAAGCCAAGUAACAAGGAGAACCCAAAGUGUAGAGCUGGGUCUGAUAUGAGGCUGGCUAGGGAGGGAGAGAAGCCAGGUGAGGGGUGUACAGGGGAAACGACUGGCCUGAAUCAGUCAGGAAUGUCGAAGGAGAUCUUGGUGCCCCAUGAAGAAGAGCUGCUGGGAGAGGUGUUGGACCCAGAGCAUGUGGGCAAGGAGCUUCUGGGAGACAGUGCUCUGUCAGGCCAGCUUCUGUCUGGUCACCCAUGCCAGGGGCAGCCACUGCCUCCUGAGACAAGCGUGGAGGAGCUGCAGCCACUGUGUCAGGAGGAUCAGCAGAAUUAGCAGCUCUCUGGCCAGCACACUGAGUGCUCCGAGCCUGGAGCCAGCCCAGCCUCCUGCAGCUGGUUUCCACAGCACAAGCUGUGUCUCCAGGCCACAGGACUCUGGGGUGUGGAAGAGUCUCCUUCACAAGGCAGCUCUUUGCCAUUCAGCAAGACCCAACGCCCCAUCUGCCUUGUUAAAUGAACAACUAAUGCAGUCUUGGCACUGGCACAGCACCUCCGUGGAGCAGGACGUGGGGCUGCACUGGUGUCCCAAGGGCUGGAUGCUCACUGGGGCAGCACGGAGGAUCGGUACAGCCAAGGUUUUUGGGGUGAUAAGUCCAAAGGGGAGAGAUGCUCCCUUGAGAUUUUUUGGCCCAUAGCCGUCAGAGAAAGGCUUUCUGGGCCCAAAGGAGUGGGAUCUAUGAUAAUCACCAACCUCCUCUCUUCCUUCCUUCUUCCUCUCUCAGUUCCCACCACUGGCCAUCAAAAACAGGUCCAGAGAGUCCAUGGCAGAAGAUUAAGAGAAGCACAUUCUGAAUGUGUGUGGGAAGGAGAGUAAUGAGGGGCUCAGGUUCAAGACUGCCACUUGCAAGAAAACAUCUCAUUGGCAUGGACUUCAGUGUUUUCCUGCUAGGCUGGGACAGGCAGGCAGGAGCCUGUGGAUCCAGCCUGAGGGAGGUGGGCAAGGAGGAUACACACACGGGUUUGUUUUUUUCUAGUCUCCAAGGGUCAGGCAGGAUACAGCUCUGAAGUCUUGGUGACAGAAAUUAAAAGAAACUGCUCUUUGAACAAAUCAGGAUUAUUAGAAGCCAAUAAGGAUAAAUAUUAUAUAUAAAAUGAAAAGUAUUUAAUACAUAUUUAUGUAAGUGACUUGUGAGCACAAGCCUGAGGGCAAGACUGACACAGGUGUCCCUGCAGCAUCCUGAGGGCCAGCCAGGGCUGUGCCUCCUGUAUUUAUGGACAAGUCUGUGUGCUCGUCUGUAGCUAGGAUCUGUGUUCUUGUGAAGCUGUGCCCAAAGAUCUCUGCGCUGUGUUGUGACCAUGUGUUUUCACAGUAAAUCCAUGCUGUGGGUCCA